CCCCCCCCUCCUUGCCCCGUCUCUCCUGCUAGGAGCCUUGGAUCAAGCGUGACCACAAGCGCGUCAGCCCACAAUGUCCGUCCUUGACGCGGCACCUGCCAGCACCAACUCCCCCUCGGCCGGGGAUCAGCCACUUGGCGCCUGCAUCCGCCAGCUCCUGUCCCUGCAGCAGGAGCGCGCCUAUCAUUAUCGGCGCUGGGAAGUUGUCUUUCGCAUGCUGCUCACAUCCAAGCGCCAGGGCCCGUAUCAGCUGGAAUGUGGAAAUCUGAUCCGCGAGUUUUCUCGCAUUUCCAAUUCCAUCAAUGCCCAGUGGGCCGCGCUGCUUCAGGCGCAGGGACUGUCCCCGGAGGAUGUCGGAUCUCUGGCUGCCUCCGACUCCAGCCCGGAAACCCGCACAAUCGGUCGUGCCUUCCUCCUGUACCGCCGGCUCCAGGUGGCCGAGGGGCAGCGCUUUUCCCUCACCGCCAAGAUCCACCUCGCCAUGCAGGCCCUUCACGAAUAUGCCUUGCACUUCCGCGCCCGGGGGAUGGCCGACCUGGGUGGCGACGAUGGGCUGUACGCGAUUGAGACGCUCCCCGACCCGGACGAUCCGCUGUCCGAGCUCCUCAGCGAGUCGGCCUGGGAGCCCUGGGUCUCCCAGUCCGAGCGACACUUCGAGCUGCUGCCGCUGGCCGAGCGCCUUGCCGGGGCGCGCGACCCUCUCCUCGAGAGUUUGACCAGCGACGGGGCGGCCCCGCAACCAGCCCCAUCGGACCCGGGGACGGAGCACUCUCCGCCCGAGUGCCACGAGCACAGCCAUGGGCACGAGCACGGGCACGAGCACGAGCAUCACCAUCACAACCUGGCGGAUUCCCUCUCACAGCUGGCCAUGAAUGAGGCCGUCAUCUCGGAUGUCCGGCGCGCAUGUGAUGGCCUGCUUCGAAGCAUCCGUGCCUGUCCCACAGUGCAAACCUUGAACCAGGAGCUUCUUGAGUGUAACGACAUUGUCAACGAGGCAUCCGAGGAGCUCCGUGAAAUCCUCCUGGACCUUUGCUGACAAGAGGCCCUCCUUCCUCCCCCCUCUUUGUACCCAUUGGCCCGUCCACAUCUGGCUCCCCUCCCCUGCUGCGAAUGGGAAUACCAGGGAUCUUGCUCUCGUUUCUUUUCCAUUCAGGUGUGUAUUGCAAAAACUGACACCCACGGGGUUGGUGAUUCUUCAACUUCAUACAGCACGGAUGCAUGUGGGCCGGAUGACAAAGAGUCGAGGGGGAAGGGAGGGGAGGCGGAAUGCACACGACGCAGCAUCCAGAUGCCGGCACGGGGGGUAGGGAGGGUGACAGCGGCCAGCAGAGGAAGGGCAAAUGGGUGGCAGAUGCGCGAACCCAACCUGC